AUGAUCAAGACAAAAGCGAGUGAUAUAACGUUGUCGACGCUAAAAGGAAGGAUAAACAAGAAGGUUGGAUAUGUUGAGAGCCACGUUAAAUUGGAGUUGAGCUACUAUCCGCUAGUGGCAGAAUCGAAUGAGAGGGAAAAGUGUAGGAUUUGUGAUGAUGAGGAUUUGGAUGUGUAUUUGACGUCCUUUGAUACAGAGAAGCGAAGAUGUGUGUUGUUUGUGGAUGUCACAAAGGUAUCGAAACAGCCUGAGCAAGUGAUUGAAGAUGAUGAUGAUGAGGCUGUUAGAGUGGACCAAAGUUCUGUUGGUAUGAAUUAUCAAAACCAACAGACUAGAGAUGAUGAGGCUAACGCCAUUGUUCCAUCCGAAGAGAAAGAUAAAGGAAAGGGUGUAGAGGGCGAUUCUGAAACUUUAGGACGUGAAGAAGGUGAUGAAUAUGUUGAACAACCACCUGUUGUAACACCUUCUCAGGUUAUAGACCCAUGGGAAGACGGUUUGACUUUGAGGAAAUUUGACGAAUUCCCAAACAAGAAGGCAUUGCAAGAGGUGGUGGAUAGAGCUUCGUUUGCUAAUUGUUUUAUGUUUAAAAUUGUGAAGUCGGAUAAGGAUCGUUAUGUGUUGAAAUGUUCUAAAGAAGGAUGUAGUUGGGGUUCACGAGCGACAAGAGUUCCAGAGACUGAGAUUUUCUCUAUCUGGCGGCACAACAAUAUGCAUAGUUGCUCUCGGGCGAGUAAAAGUUCAAGCAACAGUAACAGGCGCGGCACUCCGGAAUUAGUUGCAUCCCUUUUGCAUAAUGAUUAUCCAGGACAGAUGGAAACUCCACGUCCCAAGAUUAUCAUGGAACUUGUGAAGGCCAAAUUAGGUUUGAAUGUAUCAUACUCGACGGCAUUGACAGGGAAAGUUAAAGCCGUUAGUGAUUUGUGUGGUACCGCGGAAGAAAGCUAUAAAAUGCUCCCUUGUUAUUUGCACAUGUUAGAGACGGUUAAUCAAGAUGCAACAUUUCUAAAGAACGGAUAUGGUGGUGUUCUUGUUUUUGCCUCGGCUCAAGAUCCUAACCGUCAUCAUUAUCCGUUAGCGUUUGGUGUUCUUGACGGUGAGAAUGAUGCGAGUUGGAAUUGGUUUAUGAAGAUGUUGAAAACCGUUAUUGGAGACUCCUCUGAAAUAGUAUUUAUGACUGACAGAAAUGCAAGUCUCAUCAAAGCCAUAGCUAAUGUGUAUCCACAAGCUCAUCAUGGGUUUUGUAUAUACCAUUUGUCCCAAAAUGUGAAAGGUCAUGCUUCCAAUUAUAACAGAGAUGUUGUUGCAUGGAGAUUCAUGGAGGUUAGCAGAUUAUACACAGUGGUUGAGUUCGAAGUGGAAUACAAUUCUUUCAAGAUAAGGUAUCCAAAUGCUGCCAAGUAUCUCGAAGAUUCUACGAAGGUUGAAAAAUGGGCAAGAUGUGUAUUUCCAGGAGAAAGGUACAACCUAGACACUAGCAACGGUGUGGAAUCAUUGAACAGCGUAUUCAAAGAUGUUAGGAGGUACUCCUUAAUUCCCAUGCUUGAUGCGAUUAUCGGAAAAUUCUCUGAAUGGUUUAAUGAACAUCGGAAAGAGGCCGUGUCUGGUUCGGUUGCAAAUAAAUUGGUGCCUUUUGUGGAGAAUUACUUGCACGAUUUAUGGGGGGUUGCUGAGAAACUAAAAAUGACUGAGCUAAACACUUUUGAGCUCCAAUACAAUGUCAUUGACAACGACGGGAAGCCUUAUUUGGUGAAUUUUCUUAUGAGGAGUUGUGGUUGCAGGUUUUUUGAUAUUCAAAAGUACCCUUGUGUACAUGCAUUGGCCGCUUUCAUAGAGUACCUAAAGACUAAAGAUAGAACUAGAGAUAUCCAAAUGCAUGAGUUGUGUUCUAGGUACUAUUGGACGGAGCUGUGGGCGAUGGCGUAUUACCUGACAAUUUUCCUAGUACCGGAUAAGUCUCAGUGGAACGUCCCGGCUUGGGUGAAAAAUGUUCAGAUCAUUCCGCCAAAAUGCAAAACAAAGGGUGGAAGGAACAUAACUAAAAGGUUUGCGUCUACUGGAGAAAAGCGACCACCAAAGAGAAAAAGAACACAAAAUAAAAGGCGGCGGAGACAAGGACUACAAUGGUUGUUAUUCGGAGUUUCUAGUAAUGUUUGA